CUCAGACGUUGCCUCACGCCAGCAUGCACCAAUGAGAGAAGCCGUAACAAGUGGUACUAUAUCGUGUAUCUCGCUCCCGUUGUGACCGGCAUAGAACAGAACUCGAGGUUUCCUGUAUUUAUUUCUAAUUGUCUGCAGCUACAAAUAAAGUCCCUCCCGAUAUAAAUUAACCAUGUCAAUGGAUACAGAAAUUGAUGACUCACUCUAUAGUCGACAGAGAUAUGUUUUGGGUGACACAGCCAUGAAAAGGAUGGCACAAGCAUCUGUAUUGCUGUAUGGUGUUGGUGGUCUGGGAAUUGAAAUUGCUAAAAACAUAGUUCUUGCUGGAAUCAAAUCUCUUACAAUUCAUGAUGAUAAAGUGGCUACAGUAACUGACUUAGGAACUCAAUUCUUCCUGCAUGAAAACGAUGUAAACUCUGGUUUAAAUCGAGCUGAGGCCUGUUGUAAGAGAAUUGCUGAAUUAAACCCGUACGUCACCGUAAACACCACCUCAAUUCCUCUUCAGGAUUCCACUGAUCUCACAUAUUUAAAAGAUUAUCAGUGUGUUAUAUUAACUGAAACAUCAUUAAAUCUCCAACGUAAGGUGAAUAAUUUCUGUCAUCAACAGAAUCCUCCAAUUAAGUUUAUAUCAGGGGAUGUAUUUGGUGUCUUUGCUGGAUGCUUCUGUGAUUUUGGAGAUGAAUUUGACAUUUUUGAUGCUAAUGGAGAAGAACCAAAGGAAGUAUUUAUUGGUAAUAUAACCAAGGCGAACCCAGGUGUUGUGGGUUGUUUAGAAAAUACUCGACAUUAUCUUCAGACAGCAGACAAGGUCACUUUCAAAGAAAUUAAAGGUAUGACAGCCCUCAAUGGAAAAGUUUGCACAGUUUCUGUGUUAAAUCCUUUCACAUUCACGAUUUGUGACACAAGCGGAGAGGAAUUCAAUGAAUAUGACCAUGGAGGAAUUUGUGUGCAGUUGAAGAUUCCAGAGAAAGGACACCAUGAAAGUCUUGAAACCCAGCUGACCAAGCCUAAUUUGUUAACUCCUGAUCUAAGUCGAUUAAAUGCCCCUUUUACCAUUCAUUGUGCAUUUCUUGCUCUGCAAUCAUUUUACCAGAUGAACGGAAGACUUCCCAACACCAGAUGUUCUGAUGAUGCUGAGUUGUUGCUAUCAAAAGCCAAAGAAAUACAUUCUUCUAUGUCCAUAAAGGAGGAACUUGACGAAAGCCUUAUCCAGAAGCUGGCAUUCACAUGUAAAGGUUGUCUCCCUCCUCUCUGUGCAGUUCUUGGAGGAUUUAUGGCUCAAGAAGUUCUUAAAGCAAUCACAGGCAAAUUUACCCCACUGAGCCAAUGGUUUUAUUUAGAUGUGACAGAUGUGAUGUUAAAUGAUGCCCCUGAUAACAGCUUCUAUCCAAAGAAUGACCGUUAUGAUUUGUUAAGACUGUGCAUUGGAGAAAACACCUUAUAUAAACUUAGGAACAUCCAUUUGUUUAUGGUUGGAUGUGGAGCCAUUGGGUGUGAAAUGUUGAAAAACUUUGCUUUGCUUGGUUUAGCGACUCAAGGAGAUGGUUUGAUUACUAUCACAGAUAAUGAUUUGAUUGAAAAAUCAAACUUAAAUCGACAGUUUCUGUUCCGACCUCAGCAUAUUAGACAUCCUAAGAGUACAACAGCAGCCAAUUCUGUCUUAGAGAUAAACCCCGCUCUUAAAAUUGAUGCACAUCAAAAUAAAGUGUGUCCCCAAACAGAACACACAAUCUAUACUGAUACUUUCUUCGAAAACCAACAUGUUCUAGUUAAUGCAUUAGACAAUGUUGAAGCACGGCGCUAUAUGGACAGUCGUUGCGUCACCAACCAGCGUGCUCUUCUUGAAUCUGGUACAAUGGGGACUAAAGGACAUGUACAAGUUAUUGUUCCCCACCUCACUGAGUCCUACAGUAACCAGAAUGAUCCCCUGGAUGAAGAAAUACCUUAUUGUACCUUGAAGUCAUUCCCUGCAAAUAUAGAACAUUGUAUACAAUGGGCCAGAGACAAAUUUGAAAGUUCCUUUAGUCAAAAAGCAAAUCUGGUCAACAAAUUUUGGUCCAAGAAUGAAAGUGCUCAAUCAGUAGCCGAGAAACUGAUGAAACACGACCAAGUUGAAGGUGCAUAUAUAGUGUCUCGAGUGUUACGCAAUGCACCACAGAAUUGGCAGCAGUGUAUCUCUAUUGCUAGGUGCAAGUUUGAAAAAUAUUUCAACCAUAAGGCCAAACAAUUACUUCAUGCCUUUCCUUUGGACACCAAACUAGCAAAUGGAGGACUGUUUUGGCAAUCUCCUAAACGACCUCCACAACCUUUGAUAUUUGAUAGCAGUAAUCUUGUACACAUAAUGUUCGUCCAAAGCACCAGCAGGUUGUAUGCAGACGUUCAUGGAAUUCCAUGGAAAGAUGAGGACCUAUCAACAGAAUCGUUACUGAGACAUCUUGAAAAUAUUGAAGUUCCAGAAUUUAAAGUGUCCCAUAAACAAAUUGAAACUGAUGAAGCAGUAAAGAAAGUGGAUGCCAAUGAGCUGCACACUACUGAUGAACAACAUUUAGCAACUGAGUACAUGACUCAAAUAACCUCCAACAAAACUUUAACUGUGAUAGAGUUUGAAAAAGAUAAUGAUACCAACAGCCACAUUGAUUUCAUCACCACAGCUGCAAAUCUACGAGCAACCAUGUACAACAUAGAGAAUGCUGACCGUUUGAAGGUGAAACGUAUCGCAGGUCAUAUAGUUCCUGCCAUUGCUACAACUACAGCAACUGUAUCAGGACUGGCAGCAGUGGAACUUCUUAAAGUAAUUAAUAAGCAUCCUCUGGAAAAAUAUCGCAACUGUUUCCUCAACCUUGCUCUUCCAAUGAUGCUUUUGUCAGAACCAGGAGCAGCAGAAACUCUGAAGAUCAACGAUGAAUUAUCACUGACUGUUUGGGAUCGAUGGGAAAUUGAAGGCACCAAAGAUUUCACCUUGGAAAUGUUUCUAAAUCAUUUUAAAGAAAAGACAGGCUACAAUGCCUCCAUGGUUGUACAUGGGGCUAAAAUGAUUUAUGUUCCUAUCCUGCCUGGCCAUAAGAAAAGAUUAAACCAAAGCAUGAUAAAACUAAUCAAACCAUUAGCACAGCAAACGUAUGUCGACCUAAUUGUGUCUCUGGAAUCAGAGGAAGAUGAAGACAUUCCUGGACCACCUCUACGCUACUACUUUGGAUUAUGAUAAUUAAUCUAAAUUUUAAAGAUUUCAAAGUUAUAAUUGUUGGCAAAUUCUGUAGACGUCGAAUAAAUACUGAAUCAAAGCUGGUGUGUUA